GUGAUGACCAUAGUGGACAUUGGCUACAUUCAAUCAUUUGGCAGUUUUUGUAAUGCUUUCGGUGCACUUGCUGUUGGACAGCUUGCUGAUACAACCGGACCCAAAACGAUGUUUUUAUUUGCGUCAGUUAUUGUAUCAAUCUACUAUUCCGCGCUAGCAUUCGCUAGAUGCUGGUACUCGUUCUUCUUUCUACAGAUACUUAGGAUAGGUUAUCAGCUUGAUGCAACUGCUGAAAUGUACCUGGCUACGAUCACAACGGAACGUGAACGUACCGGUGCACUGAUGCGUCUCACUGUACCACAGGCGCUCGCAAUGUUCCUGGGGCCAAUGUUUGCAUCCCAGAUUGCAGUGCAAACAAGCCUUCGUGCAUCCCAGUUUAUCUGCGGUAUUGUCUUAUUUAUUACACUAACACCAUUCGUUUACUUUGUGUUACCACAGACACACAGUGAUUAUUUGCCAAUGGUGAAGCAUAAUACCGCACUUCGGGAAGGUAUUAUCCUGCGAGGACUGCUAAUUGCUGCUUAUGUUUGCUACGAAUUAAUAUCCAGAAAUUUUAUGUUACGCUCAUUUAUGCAGGGUCCAAAUGAUUCUGCCAAAGUACUCAUUGUAAUGGGUGCAUCGCUGCUCACUGUACAGUUUCUAGUACUGCCCUGGCUACAACGACGUUUCUAUCCACGAACUGUUCUGAUCAUUGCACUGAGUGGCCUUGUUGGUGCCUAUUCAUCGGUGAAUUUCACCACCAAUCUCAAUCAGCUACUGGUAAUUGUUGCACUACAAACAGCCUGCUAUGCUGUUGCGUAUGCCGAAAGUUGCACACAAAUAACAAGCGCUGUGGAUAUGGCCGAUCUUGGAAAAGCAACAGGAUUAGCCUCGGCUGCUCAAUGGAUUGUACAUUUUAUUGUUCCAAUUUAUACGUCUCAUUUGGUGCAAUCCUGGCACUAUACCUAUGCAUUUUAUACCAGUGCAUUGCUUUCACUCGGAACACUCUGCUUCAUCAUUCUUGUCGCUAAACAUUCGAAUGCCCGUGUACGCACGCUACUGCCCUCCAUUAGUUUAGCAUAG